AUGUCUGGUCCGACUGAGCCGAGCUCUGAGAAGCUCACCGAGCGGGAAAAGAUGUUACGGGGAGAGCUAUACACCGCAUUUUCACCCGAUUUGAUUGCAGAGAGAGCAAGAUGUAAAGCUGCGUGUGAAAGAUAUAAUAACGCAGGCGAAGUAACCCGUAGAAGACGCGUGGAGCUCUGGAGGGACAUCGUUUGUGAUAAACGGCCUAUGCCGCCGCCAGCUGCGGACCAGGAAGCAGAUGAUGCUCUCUUUGAAGAUGACCCAUGGAUAGAGGCACCCAUACGGGCAGAUUAUGGUUACAACUUCAAGGUCGGCGAGGGCGUCUUUAUCAAUUUCAACUGUGUUGCACUAGAUACCUGUCUGGUCACCAUUGGUGCAAGGACUCUAUUCGGGCCAGGUGUCAACUUGUAUGCGGGCACACAUCCCUUGGACCCUGCUGUCAGAAGGGGGACGAAGGGACCCGAGUAUGGUAAAGAGAUCCAUAUCGGUGAAGAUUGCUGGAUAGGCGGAAACGUCGACAUUUUACCAGGAGUGACGAUUGGUAGGGGUGCAGUUGUUGGUGCGGGAAGUGUUGUAACAAAGGAAAUCCAGCGAGGAUCAUCCGCCGCGUAG